AUGAAUAAUCAAUAGAGAAUAAAAGUGAGUGUUUACAGUUAUAAUCCAAAUGACUUGAUUGGAUCAGGAUACAGAAGUCAAGUCUUCAAAGGUCAGAAUGAUAUCAAUGGAGAGGUCGUUGCAAUAAAAGUUUGUGAUCAUUCAAAAAUACAACAUGAAAUAGAGAAACAGUUAUUACAAUAGGAAAUCAUUGCUUUAUAAGUAUUAGAUUCUAUCAACAUUGUUAAAAUGCAUUUUUACACUCAAAAUACUAAUUUCACAUUUAUCAUAACUGAAUACUGCAAUUAGGGUGAUUUAGCGGAUCUGCUCGUUAAAAGAGCGUGCAUCCCUGAGAAUGAAGCAAUCUUAAUCUUUUAUCAGAUUUUAAAUGGGUUCAAAGACCAAAUCUCUAAGGGAGUCAUUCACAGAGACCUAAAACCUUCAAAUAUUUUGAUAAACAAAGGCAUUUUUAAGAUUGCCGAUUACGGGUUUUCGAAAAUGGUUUAUUCCAAAAACGAAAGAGUCUAAUAUAAUGUGGGCACAACUCUCUAUAUGCCUCCUAAAGCCUUGACUGAAAACAAGUAUUCAGAAAAGAGUGAUGUCUGGAGUUUGGGAGUGAUGUUCUAUUAAAUUCUUAAUGGUAACGUACCUUGGUAGGCAGGUACAGAAUAAGAAUUCAUCAAAGUGAUCACAACUACUCCUAUUCAUUUCUCGAAAAGCAUCAAUAUUUCAUCUGCAGCAAAAGAUCUCAUUGAUAAAUGCUUAUAAUUAGAGGAGAACAAGCGAUACAAUUGCAAUCAAUUACUAGAACAUGAGUUAUUCAAAUAAGUGUAAGUUAGACCUUCGAGAAAGUCCAUUUAAUUGUUAGUCAAUAAUUAUCAAAUUGGAGAUUUAGAAAAGAGAGCCAAAACUAGCAAUUCUCAAGAACGAUCGAAUCUUUCUUUUCAAAGCUGUAGGAACUCAAAAGCAAUCAGAUAAGAAUUCAUCAAUUAUGGAGAUGCUGUAAACAAUAUACUAAAUUUACUUAAAUUGAUUUUAAGAAUAGCUAAAAUUGUUGAUCAUUUUGAUUUCUUAAUUGAAGGAGGAUUGAAAGAAAAAUUAUUGUACUUUACUAUCAAACAUGCCAUUUUCAAAUCUAAACAACUCUUAACUAUUUUAAAUCAGAAUCAUUCCACAAUAGAUUAAUCCAAGAAGAAUGAUUUAAUAAAUUAAAGUACUUUUAUGUAUGAUACAUUUAGAAUUUCAUUUCAAAAAUUGUGGGACUCCAUUCAUCGAAAUGAGACAUUAUGUAAUGCAAUACUUAAAGAUACUAAAUUUGCAGCCGUAUUUGACUAAAGUGAAUUAGAAUUUAAUAGUCAUUAUAUUUUAAUGCUUCCUAUAUUAAGAAAUUCCAUUAUUUCGCUAUAGAAUUAAUUGAACCUAAAAUUGAAUAAUGUGAGAGAGCAUGAUUAAUUAGAUGGAGCAGAGGAAGGGGGCAUACUGGUUCUAAAAUAUUUGGUAAUAUACUUGGAAAUAUGUAUGUAUAUAGUCGAACAUUUUAAAACUUCAAUAUUCUAUUUGAAUCAAUUCAAUUUAAAAUUAGUGGUUGAAGAAAAGCCUACAAAUUUGACAAAGAAAUAAUUCCUGUAAAUAUGCUAAAGAAUUAAUUCUUUGAUGCUCAAAUACGUUGAUUGA